AUGGAAGCGGUGCCCCGCGAGGAGAAGCCCAACCCGCUGCGGGAUGCCAACCUCUGCUCCCGGCUCUUCUUCUGGUGGUUGAAUCCCUUAUUUAUUAUUGGCCAUAAACGGAAGCUUGAAGAAGAUGAUAUGUAUAAAGUGCUGCCAGAAGAUUCCUCAGAGAAGCUUGGAGAGGAAUUGCAGUGGUACUGGGAUAAAGAGGUGCAAAAAGCAAAAAAGAGAGGAAAAAUGCCACAUUUAACAAAAGCCAUUGUUCUUUGUUACUGGAAAUCCUAUUUAGUUUUUGGAAUUUACACAAUGAUUGAGGAAACCCUCAAAAUAAUUCAACCAAUAUUUUUGGGAAAAAUUAUUAAUUAUUUUGAAAACUAUGAUUCCUCAGAUGAGGUAGCUUUGAAUUUUGCAUAUUGCUACGCAGCUGCUCUGUCUGUGUGCACGCUUAUUCUAGCUAUAAUGCACCACUUAUACUUCUAUCAUGUACAGCGGGCUGGCAUGAAGCUGAGGGUAGCUAUGUGCCAUAUGAUUUAUCGGAAGGCACUUCGUCUCAGUAACAUAGCUAUGGCAAAAACUACCACUGGUCAAAUAGUAAAUCUUCUGUCAAAUGAUGUGAACAAAUUUGAUCAGGUAACGAUUUUCUUGCACUUCUUGUGGGCUGGACCAAUUCAAGCUGUAGCAGUAACAGUACUUCUCUGGAUGGAGAUAGGCCCAUCGUGUCUUGCAGGAAUGGCAGUUCUGAUUAUUCUUCUUCCUGUCCAGACCUGUAUCGGGAGGCUUUUUUCUUCCCUAAGAAGCAAGACAGCUGCCUUAACAGACGUCAGGAUUAGGACCAUGAAUGAAGUCAUAAGUGGUAUGAAGAUAAUAAAGAUGUACGCUUGGGAAAAAUCAUUUGCGGAACUUGUGAAUGGUUUAAGAAGGAAGGAGAUUGCCAUGGUUAUGAAAAGCUCCUACCUUCGAGGACUGAACUUAGCUUCUUUCUUUGUGGCAAGCAAAAUAACAGUGUUCAUGACUUUCAUGGCAUAUGUACUACUUGGCAAUGUUAUCUCUGCAAGUCGGGUGUUUGUUGCAGUGUCCCUGUAUGGUGCAGUAAGACUGACAGUAACUCUGUUCUUCCCUGCGGCUGUUGAGAGAGUGUCCGAGGCAGUGGUUAGCAUACGGCGAAUCAAGAACUUUCUAAUACUUGAUGAGGUCUCACACUUCCAGCCACAACUGCGUAGUAAUAAUGAGAAUGCCAUUCUUCAUGUUCAGGAUUUGACUUGCUAUUGGGAUAAGAGUUUAGAAAGCCCAGCACUUCAGCAACUUUCAUUUACUGUCAGACGAGGGGAAUUAUUGGCUGUGAUUGGUCCUGUAGGAGCUGGAAAAUCUUCACUCUUAAGUGCUGUGCUUGGUGAGCUGCCUAAAGACAAAGGUUUGAUAAACAUUACUGGAAGAAUUGCCUAUGUUUCUCAGCAGCCUUGGGUGUUUUCUGGUACAGUAAGGAGUAAUAUACUCUUUGACAAGGAAUAUGAGAAAGAAAAAUACGAAAAAGUUUUAAAAGUCUGUGCUCUUAAAAAGGACUUGGAAUUAUUAGCAAAUGGUGACCUAACAGUAAUAGGAGAUCGUGGAGCUACGCUGAGCGGGGGACAGAAGGCCCGUGUAAAUCUGGCCAGAGCUGUGUAUCAAGAUGCAGACAUCUAUCUUUUGGAUGAUCCUCUGAGUGCGGUAGAUGCUGAAGUUGGAAGACAUUUGUUUGAAAAAUGUAUUUGUCAGGCCUUACAUCAGAAGAUCUCUGUUUUGGUCACUCACCAGUUGCAAUAUCUCCGUGCUGCAAAUCAGAUUCUAAUUUUAAAAGAUGGUAAAAUGGUGGGGAAAGGUACCUAUUCAGAGUUCCUGAGAUCUGGCAUCGACUUUGCUUCCCUUUUGAAAAAAGAUGAGGAGGUAGAACAGCCAUCGGUUCCAGGAACCCCCAACCUGAAGUCUGCCCGGAGCCGAACCUUCUCGGAGUCUUCUGUCUGGUCCCAGGAUUCUUCUGUCCACUCACAGAAAGAUGGAGCAGUGGAACAACCACCUGCUGAAAACGCACUGGCUGCAGUGCCAGAGGAGAGUCGCUCUGAGGGAAAAAUAAACUUCAAGGUUUACAGAAAAUAUUUCACUGCAGGAGCAAACUACUUUGUGAUUUUUAUACUUUUAGUAUUCAAUAUUUUGGCACAGGUGGCAUAUGUGCUCCAGGACUGGUGGCUUUCUUACUGGGCAAAUCAUCAAGAAAAGUUGAAUGUCACAACAAAUGGAAAUAAUGGAGCAAAUGAGACUGAACAUCUAGACCUUAACUUUUAUUUGGGAAUUUACGCAGGUUUAACGGUGGCUACAAUACUGUUUGGCAUAAUAAGAAGUCUUCUGGUGUUUCAAGUUCUUGUUAAUUCUGGUCAGACUUUGCACAACAAAAUGUUUCAAUCCAUUUUGAAAGCUCCUGUCUUGUUUUUUGACAGAAAUCCUAUAGGAAGAAUCUUAAAUCGUUUCUCCAAAGAUAUUGGCCACCUGGAUGACUUGCUUCCAUUGACAUUUUUGGACUUCGUGCAGACUCUCCUACAGAUUUUUGGUGUGGUGGCUGUGGCUGUGGCAGUGAUUCCUUGGAUACUCAUCCCCUUAAUUCCACUAUUUGUUCUUUUCAUUUUUCUUCGACGAUAUUUCUUAGACACUUCAAGAGAUAUUAAACGUCUAGAAUCCACAACUCGAAGUCCAGUGUUCUCCCACUUGUCGUCAUCUCUCCAGGGACUUUGGACUAUUCGGGCUUUGAAAGCAGAGGAAAGAUUUCAAAAAUUGUUUGAUGCACACCAAGACCUCCACUCAGAGGCCUGGUUUCUAUUUUUGACGACCUCGAGGUGGUUUGCUGUGCGUCUGGAUGCCAUCUGUGCCAUUUUUGUUAUAGUGGUUGCUUUUGGUUCCCUCCUUCUCGCCAAGACUUUGAAUGCAGGGCAGGUUGGUUUGGCGCUAUCCUACGCAAUCACCCUCAUGGGAACGUUCCAGUGGGGUGUUAGACAAAGUGCUGAAGUUGAAAACCUGAUGAUAUCAGUAGAAAGAGUAAUGGAAUACACAGAACUUGAAAAAGAAGCUCCUUGGGAGACCAGCAAGCAUCCACCACCUGAAUGGCCAAGCCAAGGAAUGAUAGCAUUUGAAAAUGUUAACUUCACUUACAGUCUAGAUGGACCUUUGGUGUUAAGACAUUUGUCUGUUCUAAUUAAACCAAAAGAAAAGCAGUCAUUACUGCAUACAUCUGAGUCUCAGGCAGUGGGUAAUUGCCCUCUGAUGUCUGUUGGAAUAGUGGGAAGAACCGGAGCUGGGAAAAGCUCUCUGAUAGCAGCCCUCUUUCGCUUGGCGGAACCCGAAGGAAGGAUUUGGAUUGAUAAGUACUUGACGUCAGAGCUAGGACUCCAUGACUUGCGGAAGAAAAUUUCAAUUAUACCUCAGGAGCCUGUUUUAUUCACUGGAACUAUGAGGAAAAACUUAGAUCCUUUCAACGAAUACACCGAUGAAGAGCUGUGGAAUGCCUUGGAAGAGGUGCAACUGAAGGAGGUUGUGGAAGAUCUGCCUAAUAAAAUGGAGACCCAGCUGGCAGAAUCUGGGUCUAAUUUUAGUGUUGGUCAGAGACAGCUGGUGUGUCUUGCCAGAGCGAUUCUAAAAAAAAAUCGGAUCCUUAUCAUUGAUGAAGCAACAGCAAAUGUGGACCCAAGAACAGAUGAGUUCAUUCAAAAGACGAUCCGUGAAAAGUUUGCUCACUGCACAGUGCUGACCAUUGCACACCGCUUGAACACCAUUAUCGACAGUGACAGGAUUAUGGUUUUAGAUGCAGGAAGACUGAAAGAAUAUGGUGAACCUUACAUUUUGCUGCAAGAACAAGAUGGCUUGUUUUACAAAAUGGUGCAACAAGUGGGCAAGACUGAAGCGGCUUCUCUGGUUGAAACAGCAAAACGGGUGUACUUCAAUAAGAAUUACCCAGAAGUUGUUCAGAAUGGUCAACUUGCCACAGACUCCUCCUUGGAUCCUCCCUCAGGAUUAUGUAUAACUGAAACUGCACUGUGAUUCCUAAUAACCUUAACUGUUUUCCAUAGAAUGUAAACCUGAGGUCAUCUAAACUCAGUGACAAUGUUUGCAAGUGUCAAGGGGAAAGGAAAGGGAGGGGGCGAUUCUUUGCACUGGACAUCCUUCCUAUUUAAUACUGAGAAGAAAAUUUUUCCUGUCCCUCUUUCUUUAAUUUCAGUGCAAUAUGUUUUCCUUUCCAACUAAUUUUGGUUGUAUUGCUAAGGAAAUUAGGCAGACUCAGUUUUUAUUUGAAAGUUACGUGGUAGAGAUCUCUUUUAUUUAAACAGGUGCAGGACACCUAACAGGUCUAGGGAGCAUAUUUGGAGCUUAUGAAAAAAAAUUGAAUGUGUCCUUUUUCUCUUUUGGAAAUACUUUGAGAGCAAGCAAAACCAAAAUUUUCUCAGUGUCACUUUAGCACGACAGCUAUGUCUAAGCAGCAGAUUCGGUAGUGUACAACUUAGUUGUCAAGUGCAACUGUCUUUCUACCUGUCAUAAGUAGCUAUGCAGGUUGGUAGAAAAAAGAAUUGAACAAGCCAAAAAUAC